AUGUCUGGAUUCAAACGAGAUCGCAGCGGGCAUGCAAAGAGGCACCAUGAUGGGCCCAAGCAAGGCGGCGCGCCGAAGCCGGUAGUGAGAAACGCCUACACCCCGAUGUUCGAACGCUUCCGGGAUGAGCUGGAUGAGCAUCACGAUCGCCGAGAGCGCAUCAUCAAGGCUUCCAGGGAUAUCACGGCUCUGAGCAAGAAGAUAAUAUUCUCCUUGCAGCGUGUUCGCAAGAUCGACGGCGAUAUCCCUCAGGAUAUCGCAAAAGAGAUGAAUGCCCGUCUCAACGAAAUUGCCAAACUGCUCGCCAUCAUCGGCCCAGAGACGCAGGGCAUCAACCGGCACCGCUAUGCGUAUAGCCUACGCUGCCUCGAGGAGCUCGUCGAGGCACUGUCCUUUGCGCACUACCUCAAGACGCAGUCCCUCGUCAGCAUGGACGAACUGACCUCCGUCACCGACGACCUGGCCCGCAAAGGCGCGGCGGCCGAGGACGAGGCCAUGGCCGAUGCGGACGACGACCACCGCGGAGCCGCAGAGGGCCACAGCAAGGCAGACGCGGCCAGCGGCGACCCACCAGCAACAGCAGCCCCUCAGAACGCCUCACCCCCCCCAACCGUCCAGCUGACCGAGUACGACUACAUCUACGGCCUAUUCGACCUAUCAGGCGAGAUGAUGCGCUUCGCCACAACGACGACGGCGCUGACGGGCGAGCUCGCGACAUCCUCCUCAGCCGAGGGCGGACUCCCCGGGAGCAGGCCGCGGACCAUCGUCCGGGACAUGCAGGACCUGGGGAGCCUUUUCGAGAUGCUGCCGCAGCAGAGGAACAAGACGUGGGACGGCAAGAUGGGCGUCCUGCGCGCGUCUGUCGCGAAGGUCGAGAGGCUCGGCUAUGGCAUCACCGUCCGCGGGAGCGAGCGCGAGAAGGGCUGGGUGCCUGACAUGAGAGACGAGGAGCCCGGUUCGCCCGAGUAG